CGCGUGACUGGAUCGCUCCUUAGGAGGGCGGGGUAGCGUCGCCGCAGCCGCGCGCACGCAACAAUACGUGCGCUCGCGCUUCCUUUCCCUCCUCCCCGCUGCCCGUUCCGUGACGGCGGUUGCCAUAGUGACGGGAACCGAACGCCCCCCCCCCCGCCCAACCGCCGCCUUGCGUGAGGCCCUUGUGGUUCUUUCUUUCUCCCUCCAGCCCGCCUUUUCCCCUUCGCCUUCUUUUCCCGCCCGCUCCUCGAAGGCCGCGCGCGCGCGCGGGCGCGCACCCGUGUUUCGUGAGGGAGCCUGUGAGGGAGAGAGGGGAGGGGAGAUGAGAUGGCGGCCGAGGGGGAGGCGGAGGCGGAGGUGGAGUGGGUGGUAGACAGCAUCGCCGGCUUCCUCCGCAGCCCCGCCUGGUCCAUCCCCAUCCUGGAGUUCGUGGAGCACAAGUGCGAGGGUGAGAAGCGACCGGGGGGGGGGGGAGGGCGGCGGCUCUGAAGGCGGGCGGGUAGAGAACCACCUCCCAAUAAUAUAUGGGAGGAAAGGCGGGAUAUAAGAAAUAAGAAUAAGCGUAUUCUUCCCUCACAGCCUUUCUCCCCCACUCCCCUGAGGGGAAUCCCCCUGCAGUCUUCGCCCUCCCCGGUUUUAAAAAACCUGUUUUUGUGUCCGUCCCCCCCUUCCCCUCGAAAAUGUAUGUAAAGAGGCCCAGUGGCACUUAGGGACCAGGGGAGGCUGCGGGAAUGAUCGUCGUUAUUAUUAUUUAUUUGGGGCUGAUUCAGUUCUCAAGGGCGCUUGGAAACGAAAUCCCUUCCAAGCGCGUAAAAGUGAAAUCCUUUCCGGAUAGUGCAAGUACCAAACCCUCUAGGGAUGCUGACCAGAAGGGAUGUUUUUUUAAAAAAAUUUCUGGACAUUGUAGAUUUUGUCCUUACCUGAUGAAGGUAACAGUUUUUCGCUUUAGUUGCCCUGAGCCGGGUCUUGGCUGGGGAGGGCGGGGUAUAAAUAAAAUUUUAUUAAUAUUAUUAUUAUUAUUAGUUGUGUGAUUCGUGCUCAUACUUCAUUGGGCUGGUCACUGGCUAUAUGCUGAGACGUAAAAAUAAAAUUCCCAUUGUUGUAGCACGCUUGCGGUUGUACCCCCUCCAAAAGCAUAAUUAAGUGCAUGUGUCAAACCCGUUGGAACAAAAAACCCCAAGUAACGUUUCUUUUGGGGUGUAAAAAAAAGGGGGGGGAGCGCCUUUAUUUUGGACUGGAUUGUGCACAUAUUGGUUAUUUUGUAGAUUUCUGGUGUAUGCAUAGGAGGUCCUAAAAUCCCUUAAGUAGAGAAUCACGCAUAAUUCAGUGAAGUUGCUGUGAAGGUGGUUAUAUGACACCAGAAUUACAGAGCUGUCAAAUCUCCCAGAACCUUUUCAUUUUGAGCUUCUCUGUCCAUGUACCUUACAGUUUUUAAUAGCUUUUGCACUGAGUCACUAUUGCAUUUUGCUGAGGCAGAUACUUUUUAGGACUCUUAAUUCUUUUGGUAGGAGGUAGCUUACUGUUGUUGACUCUAUUCUGGUUGGAACAUUCCUAGAAAAGCUGGAGGCAGAUACUAGCUAGACUAGAGGAUGUGAAUUUUGUGAAGUGGGCAAGAAAGGGAAUGUUUGGAAUCCAGGAUUUCAUUAUUUUUAUUUACAAAUCUGGAUGAAGAAGCGUUUAUGCAGCCCUUUAAAAGUUUCCUGAAAAGUUUGUUUGAAGAGCAAACUUAAACAGACUUGGACAAAUCCAGUUUAAGACAUCUGCAUAUGUAAACAGGUUGUCCAUGUGUUUAUUGCUUUGCUGGAUCAAGGAGUAUGGGUAUUAACAGAACAUGAGUUUGGAAUGUGCAUGUAUGCCUGCCAUUUCUUGCUUUCAGUAGAGUAGGCAUUUCCAUUCAUGUUCUGAAGCUGUUCAUGGCAUUUUUAAGCAUGCGUGGCUACAGCAGGAUUGGGCUGAUUUAUUUUGUAAAAUAAAGGUUUUCAAGAUUGAUCAUCCUUGUUAAAAUGUGAUUUGCUGGCUCUUAAUUUCAGAAAGGUUUCCCCAUUAAAAAAUUUCUGCAGCUACAUUGUUUAAGCUUGAGCCUGUGUUGGGGUCACUCACCUACAUACAAUGAGAUGCAAUUUGAUAGGUAAUUUAGUUAUUUUAAAAUGUUUAAAUUGCUUCCCAAGAAAUGUUUCUGAAGUUGUGUAUGCCAGAAAACUUAAUAUAUUAGCACUAAAUAUAUACAUAGCAAUUUAAAAGCAGAUCUUAAAUACAUCAAAAUAUACAAAUUGCAUAUACAGUGUAAAAUAGCCGCAUCAAACUUCAGAGAAAGCCCUCUUAAAGUAAGUUUUCAGCCUUGUCUAAGUUCAAUAGGGGUCAGCUGAUUCCAAAUAUAUAGCAUGCAGUUAGUGGACACCCUUCCGAAAUCUAGUUAGUCAUCUUAUUUUUGUUGGAUUCUUAGGGGGGAAAGGGGAGCUCUAUAACCUCACAACUGUUUAGCAGAUGGCUCACUGAAGAUCAGUGGGGAACAGAAGGAAGCAUUUACUUCUUUGGGGUUUUUUUUGUUAGCUGGAAACAUUUUGAACUGCCUCAAAAUACUUCUUAGUUAUUCCAUUUGAAGUACAGUCGUACCUUGGAUCCCAAAUGCACUGGAACUUGGAUGUUUUGGCUCCUGGUUUGCCAAUGUUCUUUUGGAACCUGAAUGUCCAAUGGGGCUUCCACGGCUUCUGAUUGGCUGCAGGAGUUUCCUGCAGCCAAUCAGAUGCCACAAUUUGGUUUUUGAAGGUUUUGGAAGUCGAAUGGACUUCUGGAACGGAUUCCGUUCGACUUCCAAGGUAUGACUGUAUGUCUUUCCUGCAGGCAAGAUGAAACUGAAACUUUGUUAGGCCUCCGCAAACAACCACUUUGUUUUUGGAAUGAUUUGCUUAUUCUGAGUGUCAGAGAAGUUAGCUGGAUUUUCAUCAGAUCACUUCUGGAUUUUUUUGUAGACUCUUAUAUUGUUACUGUAUUACUCUAUUGUCCAUACAGACAGAUAUCUUACAUCAGGUGUUGUUAAACUGAAGUAUAUUGUUGCCUAGAGCUGCUGCUUGAAACAGUGUUCUAGUUUCUUUGUUUACAUUUUGAGUGAAACUUAUGAUUUGGGAUUUUCCAAAUUGUGCAUCAAGAUCCUACCUGUAUUGCUGAAAAGAAGGGUAGACUUAUGGAUUUCAUUGCUGAGGAUGCUCAGAAUAGAUAUAAUUUGCUGGAAGUAAAGGGGUUAGGAGUAGGGGUGUCCAGAUUCAGCUGAAUCCCAAGGCAAAGUUGUUACUGUGGAGGGAUUUUUGGCUUGUCAGAAACAAAGUAGGAUCUGUACAAGGUAGAAGUGGGGUGCCCUGAAAUGCUGUGUGAUGCAUAAGCAAUCCAGACAUUCAAAAAAUGUUGUAGACAAGCAUCUGCUGAAAGCGACAGUAAUGUCUCUAUGCUUACCAUAAUGCCAGGGUGGAUUGGAAGAGGGAGAUCAAACAUCAGAGUGGGAAGAGGGAAAGUUCUACUUUGACUGACAGGUCAAGCUUGUAAUCAGAAGGAAUAAUUGUACUUGGAAAUCAAAUCUGUUUUAGUUCUUCCCACAUGAAAAUCAAUUUUAAAGAAACCUAGCGCAAAGGCCCUUGGACCUGUCUGUCCACAAUUUGGUCUGUUUCUUACUCUCAGUUUGCAGAACAUCUGGACACAAAACACCAGGGGAGAUUUCCUCUUGUUACUUACACUAAAACUGUGCUGGUUGCCCUUGCAGGAAAACCACUGCAGCUAUUCAUGUGAAAUCUGAUUUGUGCCCUCAGAAUUGAGCAACCUUGCCCACACAUUUCAGUUCCACAGCAAUAGAAAAAAGUUACAGAUAUCAAACUUUCAGGUGUGUCCAGCACAAAACCCUUUGGUUUUGGCAGGUUUUUGGAGGAGGUGAGAAUGCCUGCCAGUUCCAUCCAGGUCUGUUAAAGGAAUGGGGUGGGGGGAGUUAUGGCCUCAAAAAGAAAUCCCAAUCUCAAAUGGAAAGGUGGGGAAUGUGGAAGGCUUAGGUGGAGCCUGAGCUGAAUUGGCAGCCCAUGAAGUACCUUGGACUGAGUUGGAAUGUGUUUAGAAAUGCUGAAAUUGGGCCCAAAGGGAAUCUUGUGGUUAAUACAUACCACUAGUAGGUGUAAGUAAGAAUAAGGCAAAAAAAGUAGCUUGAGGGGCUGAAUGGGCAUAGGUGUUAUAUGCCAGUAGAAGAGAAGAAAGCAGAGGGGUGUAUGUGUCAUGGAGGAUGUAAUAAAUCUGGAAGUGAGACACAAUUGCCUGUUGGAUUGGUCAUCUAAUGUUAUGAAUGGUCUUACUUUUUUAUUUAGAUAAAUUUCACUAUACUAGGAAUGUAAUUUAAAAAGGUUUCUAGUUGUAGAUUAUUUUGGAAACUUUCUUUGAGAAUUCACAUUUUUAAAAAAGUAAAACUUGUCUCCUUAGUUUUUGAUGAAGAAGAAGAAAGCAAGCUGUCUUACACUGAGAUUCAUCAGGAAUAUAAAGCUCUGGUGAGUAGUGGUUGUUUCAUUUUCACUUUUUAAGAAAAAUGUGCUAUUGAAACAGGAAUGGUUUGUGCACCACUUCUGGCAACUUAUAUAUUCCUAUGAGUAUUACAUUUUUUGAAAAUUAGCUGAGUAAUGGUUUAAUGUAAAAGAGCUAUUCUGCCAACUUCAAGUCUUUGCAUUGUGCUUAGUUAUCAUUGCCCUAGUUUGUUGCAGAUGCUCUAGACUGAAGAAACUGUAUCCUUUUAUUUUGUGCUGAGCCUUUAUAGGCAGAACUUGAUAUUGCUGUGGUUGUAUGACUGCAGUCAAAAGCAAUUGCCUGCAUCUUUUUUCCUGCUUUCAUCCCAUUCAGUCAAUCAUUUCUAUAGCCAUUCUUUUCUUUCUAAAGAUUAAAACUACAGCUCAUUGCGCCUGUGAUUGAGUCUGAAAAUAAGAUGUUAGGAGUGAGCUCCUGUUGUACUUUGUCUUGAAUUAUGGCAUAACCUGGCACAUCCAAGUCCUGUUGUUUCAGACCACUUAGAAUUAUUUAUAUUUGUUGUGUUCCCAACACAGCAAGAAUAUUAGCAGCAGUUGUACUUGCAUAUGUACCUAAACUGGAAAAAAGUAGUGGAGGGCUGGAGAGGAGUGACAGAGGGGAGCAACAAGAAAAAGACAGCACAAGAGAACAUUCUGCCAAGCUCACUAGUGGGUGGCAAAUGGCUGAAGAGCAACUAAUGUCUGUAACUGAAGAAAUGGAAUGUGGGAAAACUUGUAUGCCAAUUAUGCAGACAUAAACCAUGAUAUGAACAGCCUGUUUGUGAUAUUAAGUCCUCAUCUGGAAGCAUCCAUAGUGUCUUAGUAAUUCACAGUGAUAACUAUCCACCUGAGUACUUUUUUGGCCUUGUCCUCCUUCUCUCCACUUACAUCCCAAUACAUACUGCCUAUGAUGGCUUAUACAGCACCACCACCCCUUAACUGUCUGGGUAUUCUCCAAAGGCCUCCAUUAUUUCUGCAUUAUUGAUCCCUAGGCCUUGAACUGCCCCCUACAGCACCUCUGCAUUUCCAUAUCUCUUCAUUCAGAUUCCUCCUCAAAACCCACUUUUUCAUUAAACCCUUGGGAUAACCCCCAUAGUUCCUAUUCUGUAUUGUAGCUAAGCCUAAGCAAGUGCAACUGAAAUCAUCACAUAGUAUUUCCCUAAUUCCUUCCACUUUCCUUUCUCUCCUCUUCCACUGUUGUUUUCCCUUUAUUUAUUGCAAAUCUCAAAUUCCAGGGAUGUACUGUAUUUUGUAAAACAUCGUGCACAUAUAUGCUCCUAUAUAAAUUUAGAGAAAUAGGGAAACUUGGCAGCAGCAAACCAAGUAAACUAAUGUACAAUGACUUACAUUAUUUAUAAUAAAUAAAUAAAUAAAUAUUUAUAUCCCAGUUUAAAGGAAUGGGGUAAGGUUCAAGGCUAUAGAGAAUUGUGGAAUAAUCUUUUCCGCCAUCCAUUUUUUGCAGGUUGAAAAGCUGUUAGACAGUUACCUUAAAGAAGUUGGAAUCAAUGAAGACAAAUUCCAGGAAGCUUGUAUGUCUCCUCUUGCCAAGACUCGAACCUCACAGGUAAAUUUUCUUUUAGCACAGUUAAAAAACAAUCUUGGAGAUAUGUGAUUGUGUUCCCUUUGUAUAGAUUUUCGUUUGUAUUAAAAAACAUCAACCCUCCUAUGUCAAACACACACAGUGAUGUUUCAGUUUAACAGAAUGCAUGCUUUGUAUAUAUAAAACCUCACAAAUUAAAAGUCAACAGGCUAAAAAGAAUGAGCAUUGAAGGUAACGGAACUCAUGUUUAAUGAUAUGUUUAAGACUUCAGUCCUUGUCACUCAACUUUCAUCCAGAAGCUGAGAAAAAAGUGAACUAGUGGAAUACUAAUGAUGAAAGUGUCUUAGCAAGUUACCUGUGGUUUGGUUCCAUGGCAGUGGUAAAAAAGCACAUAGGAUCAGGUGCAAGGGGUGCUGGCGUGUUAUUGCCAGUUUCUGGUUUUGUAGUUGCGCUACCUGCUUACUCAGGAUGCGCUCUCAGUGUUGCACAUUAUAUUGAUAUUAACAUGCAGCACAAUUAAACAAUAUACUAAUUAAAAAUACUUCUUACUAUCCAGGACAGUUGCAAACACUAAGUGUUUCUGCAGGCACAUAUGAGCACAUACAGUAAGUAUUGAUGCAGUAAGAGCAAGCUAUGGCUGUGCCUCAGGCCGCCAGUUGGAGGGAGGCUGAAUAGAGAGGCCUGGAGGGCCAGAGAUUCACUUGUUCUGGUAUAAAUGUUCAUUAUUGUAACCUCCUGGAAACACGUAUUUGCAUACCUUCCCAUGAGAGAGACUAGAUGAUUUCCCGUAUUCCAAUGUUAUAUAUACAGUGGACGCUCGGGUUGCAAACGUGAUCUGUGUGGGAUGCACGUUCGCAACACGCAGCGCUUGCAACCCGCGUCUGCGAUUCAGUGCUUCUGCGCAUGCACAAAGUGCGAUUUAGCGCUUCUGCGUAUGUGCGACUGCCGAAACCCGGAAGUAACCCAUUCUGGUACUUCCGGGUUUUGGCAGUCUGCAACCCAAAAAAAUGCAACCUGAAGCGGACGCAACAUGAGGUAUGACUGUAGUCUUGAUUUGUAGGAAUACUUGGGUAAAGGACAAUGCAGUCCUGUCUUAAUAUCUUAUCAGAAGUAACUUUCAUCGAUUCUGUGGGGUUUACUACUACGUAAGGUGGUAUAGGAGGAAAGCUAUAAAGCCGUGUAGGUGGUGGUACAAUAACUUUUACAGAACUUUCCUCCCUAAAUUUAGACUAUUGCAGUAAUGUGGGACUUGAGCCUUUUAAAAGAAAAGAUCAGAUUGCAAAUUUGUUUGCUCUGUAAGAUUUGAACAAAUGAGCGGGGUAUAAAUAAUAAACAACUACAGUGGUGUCUCGCAAGACGAAAUUAAUUCGUUCCGCGAGUUUUUUCGUCUUGCGGUUUUUUUCGUCUUGCGAAGCACGGUGUCGGAAAAGUUUUGGAAAAGCUUCAAAAAUCACCAAAGUCUUCAAAAAACCUCAAAAAAGGCUACCACACCGCGUGCUAUGAGUUGCUCCUCGAAGUCAAGUCGCAACUGUAUUAACGGUUUUAAGAAAAGGAAACAAACUUGCAAGACGUUUCCGUCUUGCGAAGCAAGCCCAUAGGGAAAAUCGUCUUGCGAAGCAACUCAAAAAACCAAAAACCCUUUCGUUUUGCGAGUUUUCCAUCUUGCGAGGCAUUCGUCUUGCGAGGUACCACUGUAUUAUUAUUAAAUUAUUAUAAAACAUCUUUCAUCACACAGGCCAUCUUGCAGCCAGUAUUGGCAGCUGAAGAUUUCAGGUUGUUUAAAGAGAUGAUGGUCCAGAAAAAUAUUGAAAUGCAAUUGCAAGCCAUAAGAAUAAUUCAGGAAAGAAAUGGUGAGUAGCGGCCAAUGAGAAACUUGUCUUCCCAUUUCAUCUCUUCAUUUGCUGAGACCAGGGGUGGCUUCAGGUUUUUCUGAGGCAGGGGGCUUCAGCGGGCUCAAUAAGGCAUGGGUAAGUGGUCAAAAGGGGCAUGAGACACAACAGCAAGGGAGUUGAAAGAAUGGCAUUAAAGGGGCAAAAUACUGAAGGCUAAGAGGGCAAAAAGAAAAAAUAUUUUGAAAAGGCAAUGAGGAGCAGAGAAAGGAAAGUGUGAAGGCAGGAAGAUAAUCAGAGGAAGAAGAUAGGCUAGAAGGAUCUGUCAUUUACUGCCCAGUGAAGGGACUAAGGUGAGCUCUUUCUGGGUUUUUCUUGUUCUCCUCCUUCCUGUUGCUGCAAUCAAUGCUCAAAUGAGCAGCCCAAAAUGAGAGGGGAGCUGAAUUACAUACUCUGCUUUUUCCAAGUUAUUUGUACCUUGGUUAUCCCACAGGACAGCUGGGGAUAGUUGAAAAGCAUCUACUGUACAUAAUUCCCUUUCUCCUCCAUUCUUGAAGGAGCUGGGCUUUCAGUCAUUUGGAAAAAGAGGGGCAGGGAAGGACUUAAAUGAUGGAUAGUUCUCUUACUUGACUGAGUUUGUAUGAAGCAAUAUCUAUUAAUUGAAAUGCCGUUUUUCUGUUAUCUGUUUCAUAUUUCUUUUAAGCCAACCGUAAAAUUGUCUGUUAGGUUUGUUAUGUGGGAUUCAAACAGAGUUCAAGAUGUUGCUACAGAUGCUUGAGUUUCCAAUCUCUCUCUUUCUUUAAUAAUCUUCCAAGUUUUCUGUAACAAAUGUCUUUUUUAUUUUACACAUAUGGAGAUAAUUCCGGUGGAAAUCACCUAAAAAUAAUCACUUCUAAAAGUUCAAGUUUCUGUGCACAUUUUGAUAAUUAGAUAGCAGAUGUACUUCAUCUGUGGAAAACUGAAUGUCAUCCUCCUUUACUCCUUUUUCUUUGUUUCUUUUUUUAAACAGGUGUGCUACCUGAUUGUUUGACAGAUGGGUCUGAUGCAUAUACUGAAAUUGAAGAAGAGGAAAUGAAAAUAUUAAGGGAGGUUCUCAGGUAAAAAGAACCUUUUUGUUUUGUUUCUCUAACAAAUUGUGCCCCCCAAGUGCCUGAGAGUUGGGAGAAGCUCCUGAAUUUCAUGGGCUGGUUGAGGGGAAAAGGAGGGAUCCCCAAAAUUGGGCACAUUUUGACUGUCAGGAGAGGCUGCUCGUUGUUCUUGCAUUGUGAGUGAGCAGAUAAAUAACUGAACUGUUGAACUGCAUGUUCCCUCCUAUUCUGUUUUGCAGAAAGUCAAAGGAAGAAUAUGAUCUGGAGCAAGAAAGGAAAAGAACCAAUGAGGUAUGCUGAGGUUCAAUUGAAUUAAUCUACUCUGUGAAUGUAGUGAUGUUAUUAUUUAAUUAUAGCUCUAUAAAUCCAGCCUUCCAUCAAAUACACGUGCUUCCCAUCAGGCUUUGGUGGCUUAAUAAAAUUACCAGCAUAUCCCUGCUACAUAUGCUUUCUUUGCAACUCUCAUUUCUUUUGCCUUUUUUCUUUUGUGAACUUGAUGACAUGGAUAUGAUGAGUGUCCCUUUAUCACGCUACUGAGCAAAUCGUUCAGGAAGCUGACUGAUGAUGGUGUGAGAAAAUAUUCUGAAGUAAAGACUAUUUUUAAUGAAUCACAAAGUAGGUGAUAGAUGGUGCUGCAGUGGAAAAAAAUAUAGCUAAUCAUCUACAGGCCCUGAUGACGAAGGUAGACAACAUUUGGGGGAGGGGGGAGAUUCCAUAUGGAAGACACGCAGCAUUCUGAGAUCAAUUUGUCAGGAUGUCUAUUAAGAGCCAUGAGAACAGCCUUGUCCUAUUGGUUGGGAAAGUUAGUGUCUCAUUCAAGGGUGUUUAUUUGGAGUGGAAUUAAUGCCUGUCUUGUAUGUGCCUCACUUUGAAUGCGCUUUAGAGGUUGCAACAGCAACUAAUAGAGUGUUGCUGUUUUCUCCAUUCAUAUUUUUUAGCGUGUUCCUGGUGCUUAUAUGCCAGCAAUACCUAUGCAUGAAUAUGAGCGCCCUCUCCCAGAAAUCAGUUCUUAAGCACAGAGGAAGUGGUAGUUAUUUUGGCAUAACAGUAGCAAUAGUGCCUUAUGUGGUGGCUUCUAGAGGGCCCCUCACUCUCUGAGAGGUCUUUUGGAUAUGUGUGACGGGGGAGACUGAAGCGGGGUGCUUAUAAUAAUAAUAAUUUAAUAAUAAUUUAUUCUUUAUACCCCCCCCCCAUCUGGCUGGGUUUCCCCAGCCUCUCUGAGCGGCUUCCAACAAAAAACUAAAAUACAAUAACCUGUUAAACAUUAAAAGCUUCCCUAAGCAGGGCUGCCUUCAGAUGUCUUCUAAUAGUUUGGUAGUUAUUUUUCUCUUUGACAUCUGGUGGGAGGGCGUUCCACAGGGCGGGUGACACUACCAAGAAGGCCCUCUGCCUGGUUCCCUGUAACUUGGCUUCUCGCAGUGAGGGAACCGCCAGAAGGCCCUUGAUGCUGGACCUCAGUGUCCGGGUAGAACGAUGGAGGUGGAGAUGCUCCUUCAGGUAUACUGGACCGAGGCUGUUUAGGGCUUUAAAGGUCAGCACAAACACUUUGAAUUGUGCUCGGAAACGGACUAGGAGCCUGUGUAGGUUUUUCAAGACCGGUGUUAUAUGGUCUCGGCGGCCGCUCCCAGUCACCAGUCUAGCUGCCGCGUUCUGGAUUAGUUGUAGUUUCUGGGUCACCUUCAAAGGUAGCCCCACAUAGAGUGCAUUGCAGUAGUCCAAGGUAGAGAUAACCAGAGCAUGCACCACUCUGGUGAGACAGUCUGCGGGCAAGUAGGGUCUCAGCCUGCGUACCAGAUGGAGCUGAUAAACAGCUGCCCUGGACACAGAAUUGACCUGUGCCUCCAUGGACAGCUGUGAGUCCAGAAUGACUCCCAGGCUGCGCACCUGGUCCUUCAGGGGCACAGUUACACCAUUCAGGACCAGGGAGUCCUCCACAACCCCCCCUCCUGUCCCGCAAAAACAGUACUUCUGUCUUGUCAAGAUUCAACCUCAAUCUGUUAGCCGCCAUCCAUUUCCCAUACAUGAGUGGAGAAGAUCAUAAGGAUGAUUUUAAAGUUGGGUUAAAGUAUAGCAAUAGCAGAACACACACAACUUCUCAUGUUUUAAUUGAGAUCAAGCACACUUACCUAAUUAAUUUGUGAGAGCAUAAUUUUGUUAAAUAAAUAGCAUUUGUCAAAAACCAUGUUUUAGUAGCUCUAAGACUGUGAAAAGCUAUAUGUGGUUUUUACGGUACUUGUUUUUAGUGUCUUGAGUGCAUUAGUUGAUACUGUUCUAUUAUCUCUCCCCCCCCUUAAAUAUAUAGUCACAUGAGAAACAGAAAUCAUCUGAUGGUGCACACAAAUCUCCAGGACAUCUGAGUGAAAGUGCAGGAACUAAAGAGCCUGCUGACCAUACUACAAAACAUUCAUCAGGUAUGAUUAUCUGCAAGUAUCUAAAAUACAGAGAUGAAAAAAUAUACAGCAUAACUUGGUAUGAACCACUCAGGACUUUGGAUUGGGUGGUCAUAAAAUAUUAUAAAUAAAUGGGAAUUGACAUUUAAAUGGGAAUGCUGGGAGGGAAGAAUUUUGAUGCUUCAGUUGAACUUUGUGUUGUAUGUUUGAAAAAUGAAAAGCAGAGGCUCUUUGGAAACCUGCUAUAGCAAUUGUUCAGACUCUAAGCAUGAGCAAAACCCAGCUGUCAGUUCAUCCUAAGAGCAAUAACACUUGACGUGCUCCAGAGGAAAUUGGGAUGGGGAGAAGAAACAGUUAUUACUGUAAAUGGUAUUGCUUCAUGGAUGUCAAGAGUCUUCAAGCAGGCCACACAGCUCUCCCUGCAGCUCAGACAGGAAAUGUCUAGGUCUCAACAGAAGACCUUGCUCCUGCUUUCCUGUUAAGACUCGGUCCCACUUCACGUAACAAACCAGAGAACAGACCUCAAACAUUCAGAACUGAAGGAGAUGAAAAACACAGUGAACACUGAAUAAAACCUGGUAUUUUGUUUUUGAUGGGUAAAGCACUUCACAGUGUUUAUUUUGUGUGUUCUUUCUGCUCAGAAGACCUAGUGAAGUUAAUGGAAAUGGUUAAGUUAGAGUAGUCUCAUUUAAUGUAGUGGACUUAGUUGGAAUACAAUCCAUAAAAUAUUAGUAUUUGGGAAGCCUUUAGGAAAUGAAGAACUGUUUUUAAAAUUCUUGCUCUUUGGUUAAAAUCCAUCAAGCUACAAAGAUCCCUUACCUUUGAUUUGUAUUAGUAUGAUGAACGUAUGAUGGAUUAUUUCCUUUCAAUGUAAAUUUAGGUCGAGAAGCAAAACACAAACACUUACCUACCCGGGAACUGCCCUCUGCCAAACUGAAGGAAGAGAGUCGGAAGAAAACCAUAGGGAAUGGCUCUGAAUGUGUAGCAAAGCAAGUGGGGACUGAAGGACGUGUAAGCUGAAUGCUCACUUCAUUUAAGAUAACUAAUAUUAUUUAGUAGCUAGUAUGUCAUUUUGGAUUACUUUUUGUAUGGUAUAGUUGUGUAUAAAUAUUUAGAAAGUGUGAUCCAGGGUUCCCCAGCUUGGUGCCUAGUGUUCAGGCAUGAUGGGAGUUGUAGUUCAAAUCAUCUGGGGGCGCACCCUGUUGAGAAAUUCUGGCUUGAACCAUUGGAAUAUCAUUUACUGAACAUCACAAGAACCAGGUGCCGUAUAUAAAAUGAAAACAAGAAAAAUAUCUAUCUUCAGAGUUACAAUCUUAGGAAGAUAGAAGGUAAGGAGAGUGGAAUCGAUGUGCAAAAUCAGUUAGAAUGUCAGAAUGAAGAGUUUUGUCAGGAGUUUAAAUGUGCUAAUGGGAGAAGCCAGAUGCCAGGAAGUCAGUAGAAUAUGAGAAGGAAAAGGAACUCUGCGUAGAAAGCAAAAAUGAAUAGCACAAUCACAAGGAAUGAGUAGGAUGGGUAACUAGACUUUUAUGGAGGAGGAGGAUGAUUUUAGUUUUUUAGAUAUAGAUAUUUGACUUUCAACACACUUCAGCAGUAUUCAGAUAUUCUAAGGAAAUUUGAUUUAUUAUGAAACACAACUCCAUACACAACAAAGUAUGUGUCAGCAUAAAUGUUAAUGAGACACUGUCCGCCCCAACACUUUUAAAAGGGCACAUGCUACAAACUGACCUUAAAUUUUGUAGGAAAAAAAUAUGUAGUUGUAACUAGAUUUAGAAUAAAUGUACUCAGAGAUUGAAUUUAAAUUCCAUUGUUCAUUCUCUUUUUAAGAGAGUAAGAAGCGUGUUGAUGAUGUGGUCUGUUGUUGGUCACGUGGCAGGAUAGGGCAGACCUAAUUAAACAGUUCAGCUGAGUUAAAUUAAGAAGCCAUCUGUUGUUCAUAUGUCCGUUUUAUAUCUUUUAAAAGAGAAUGUAACUUCUGGAAAUCUGAGUCCAGCAAUCAUGCAUUCCUGUGUUUAUGGCAUCUUUGCAGAAGGUCUUGAAAAUGUAAUAUAUCCUGCAGUCUCCCUGCUCCUUUCACACAUAGUAUCUUCAGUAGUAUAUUCUGACUAAAGAUAGGUCUGCCAGUGUAUCUGUAUGCAGACGAUUAGAGACUAUUUGGUAUAUACAUUUUCCCUCUUGUAUUAAUUUGAAAGAAGCUCAUUAUGAAAUCCCUUCCAGGUGAGCCUUUACAUGCCUUGGAGAAUUUAGAAAAGAAAGUAUUACUUUUUCUUUUUAGGUGUACAUUAAACAUGUAAAGUGUAAGUGUGUCAAGCAUGCUUACUCAUCAGAUACACUUAUCAGGCAGCAAGGACCAACUGUGACUCCCAAUUGACUGUACACCUGGGAGCAAGCCUUAGUCUGCUCUGCAUAAUGUACAAAACCGGUGAACGUGUGCACUGCAAAAAAUAUUGUGGCUUGCAUGUCACUAGUGAUGCUACCAUAGUUCUUAACAAUGUUCCACAUUAGAAAAUGAAUGGUACCUGCUCCCUCAAUUCUUCUCUAAGGUAAAAGGACCCCUGACCAUUAGGUCCAGUUGUGGACGACUCUGGGGUUGCGGCGCUCAUCUCGCUUUACUGGCCGAGGGAGCUGGCGUACAGCUUCUGGGUCACGUGGCCAGCAUGACUUAGCUGCUUCUGGCGAACCCCAGAGUAGCGCACGGAAACGCCGUUUACCUUCCCACCGGUGCGGUACCUAUUUAUCUACUUGCACUUCAUGCUCUUGAACUGCUAGGUUGGCAGGAGCAGGGACCGAGCAACCGGAGCUCACCCUGUCGCAGGGAUUUGAACCGCUGACCUUCUGAUCGGCAAGCCCUAGGCUCUGUGGUUUCACCCACAGCGCCACCUGCGUCAAUUCUUCUCUAGCUUAGACUAAAUCAAUCCAGAGUGCUUGAUGUUCUCUUUCUGCCUGUGGCUUGCUCCAGACCUCCCUUUCUGCUUGCUUUAAAGGCUACUGAAACACAGCCGCAAUUAAAGUGCAAGGUCCUGGUGGAAUCCUUUUUUUGGAGCGGGGUAGCAUCAAAUUACUACUUGUAAUAAACACCAUAUUUUUCGCUCCAUAAGACACACCUAAUUUUUGGAGGAGGAAAACAAGAAAAAAAUACUCUGUUCUGGCUUCAGUGAAAGCAACGCAAAGCCUCUUCAGGGCAGCAGGAGGAACACUCCCCCUGCCCUGAAGGGGCGUCGCAUGGCUAUCCCAAAAGCCAGAACAGCUGUUCUGUUCUGGCUUCUGGGAUAGCUGCGCAGCCUGCAUUUGCUCCUUAAGCGAAUUUCCCCUUACUUUUUAGGAGGGAAAAAGUGCGUCUUAUAGAGUGAAAAAUACGGUACAUUGUAAACAAACAUGCUUGUCCUUCAUCUCUUUUGUUUUUCUAUUUUGUUGGGACUAUAUAUAGUUUUAUUCACAAAUAUCUAAUUGGAUAAAAAAUACAUUACAGAAACUAUGCAAUAAAUCUGCCUUUUAUAUUCUACUUACCAGAAACUAUCAGAACUUGGAGCACAAGAGCUCAGGGAGCGUGAAGACUAUCUAAAGCAGAAACGAGAUGCACUGAUGGCUUUGAAGAAGGAGUCCAAAACUAAUAUGCCGCCGCCGCCACCACCACAAAGUACAGAGCAGAAAGAAGAGCUGUUACCUUCUAAGGAGGUAAGAGAGGAGAGAAUGUUCUAACCAGCCAGUCUGCAUUGGAGAAAUGCAGGGCUAUGUGCAGUUCCAAACUGAUGCUUUGAACAGCACUGUUCAGUAGUGGGGUGGGCAGAGGGCAGGACUGCAUCCUAGCACAACUGCUCAGUAUUCAGAGUAUAAGUAGGUCUGUGCUUAGUUCCUCAUCUAGUUAAGGAUAUGCAACCACAAGCCUGUUUCCACAAUUCCUAACAGAGUUGAAAUGGGAGCUAAGAAAGCAACAAUGGUAAACAGACAUGCUAAACAUCUUUACAGUAAUACUUGCAUAGUAGAGAGUUGAUGCACGAAAAGGAAAAAAGAGCUGGGCCACUUGCAUCUAUUUAAUAUGCCACUAAACCUAGAGUGUACACUCUAGGGUCAGUGUGCUGAUUCACACCUGCGUGUGUGAAUAGCCCAACACAUGCACACAUGUAAUAGCAUGAACUUUUAAUUUGCCUAUAAAAGUGUCAUAAACUAUGCUACACUCCUCUAUGCAGUUACUUUAGAGUAAGCCCUAUCAAACUUAGUGAGACUUACUUUAGAGUAGACAUGCUCAGGACUGCAUUGUAAACUGGGGGAAGUGAGAUAACGUUCAUGUGUUCAGACUGCUUCACAUUCUUGCAGCAAUCCUGAUGACAACUAUUAGCUAGGGCAGGACUAUCCCACAUAUGGCAUGUGUCCCUGUUGGUUCUGCUGGACCUCUCAGCGGCUUUUGAUACCGUUGACCAUGGCAUCCGUCUGGGCUGCCUUGCUGGAAUGGGACUUGAGGCACUGUUUUACAUGGAUUCUUGUUCCUUUUCGGAGGGGCGAAUCCAGAAUGUGGUUGAAGGGGACUCCUGUUUGAUGCCUUGGGGGGUCCCUCAGGUUUCUCUUCUGUCCCACGUGCUGUUUAACAUUUACUUGAAAACGUUGGGAGAGGCUGUUGGGCGUUCUGGGGUUAUGUGUCAACAGUAUGCUGAUGACACCCAGGCAUUUCUUUCCACCAACGUCCAAGGAUCUAAGCCCAUGUCUGUCCUCAGUAAUAGACUGGAUGAAGGUAAACACAUUGAGACUUAAUCUAGGCAAGAGAGACGUGCUCUUGGUCAGUCAGAAGGCAGAACAGGGAAUAGCUAUUCAGAAGGUACAGGGUCACAGUUUGGGUGUGCUCCUAGACUCAGCCCCCAGCAUGGAUGUCCAGGUCUCUGCGUUGGUCAAGAGUGCAUUUGCACAGUUAAAGCAAGUACACUUGCUGCACCUGUUCCUUACCAGGUCUCUCUUAAAUGUAACACUGAAAAGAGCUCCGUAACACGUUUGCCUUACAAACUGCUGAACCUACAAUGUGUUAUACAAAAUUAUUCUUCCAUACUUGAAGGGCUAAAAUCUUAUGCACUUUAACCGAGACAAAGUUACAUUAAAUUGGAAGUAUGUCUGUAUAGAAAUGCAUAGUACUGUGUAAGUUAGCAAAGGAUAUUGCAGUUUAAAAUUUCCCAUUUUUAUUUUUAGGGAAUGACAGAAGAAGAGGAGCAAAGGUUGUUAAAGAAAAGAAUCCUUGCAGCAAAACUUAAAGAAGAAGUUAUUAAUAAGCGAUAGUUCAGAGAAGCUGCUUCUAGGAGUUGGGGACAAGAAUGACUGUUUAGUAUAUUUAACCAUGAACUGAAUUCUUUGCUCACAAACAUUGUAUGCAUUAAUUUGAUUUUCUAUAUUAAACAUUAACUUUUUUCUUGUUUUUUUAAAAAUAGACUUAAAUUAGAUAAAAGUAAUGAUUUAUUUUACUUUUUUUUUAAAGGGAGGCUUGGUCAUUCCAAAGUAUUAAGCAUCCAGCAGUUUAGAUUCUUACGAUUCCAAUACGUAUUGCUGAAUGUGAACACUGUAACUCCUUUGCUUGGUUUAAUAUUUGUCGGUUCUUUUGUCAAAAGUACAUUGGUAGACUGACAUUAAAAUGUUUAAACUUGUUUUGAUUUUAUAUACAGAUGCAUGUAGAAGUGUCAAGUUUAAAAUCAACUGUAUAGAGCUCCAAGUGUUCCUUCCUUCUCACAAGAUUGCCUUGUGAGACGGAAGUUUGGCAACCUUGCAAAUUACAGGGCAGAAGUAGGCACACUGUAAAUUUGCCUACAUAUAAAUAUGCUGUGUAAUGUUUGAAGCAGGCUGAAGAAACAGAAUAAGCUAAUAUAUUUUCAUAUAUUUUAAGUGAACCCAUUCAAUAUUAUUUGUGCUUUAUUCAGAACAAUCACUCUCCCAGCGCUUCCGGCACCAGAAGGCUACCGUCUACAAAUUUCCAACACAGUAAGAAACACAGCUCAUCCACAUUUCAUGUAACUUUUUAUUAAAAUAGUAUUUAACUGAGACAUGUUGGCAGAUGUAAUCUUUUUCUUGGAAAAAAAUCAGUUGAAGGGCCCCAGGCAUUUGAAAUGUGGGCUGUCCUGUGGCAAAAAGCGACCCACCAUAACAAGCGGGAAGGGAGGUGGAAGGGGGGAAGAAAGCACCUGAGGCAGAUUGUGUAACUUGGAGGAGCUUCAUCUUGCACAGUAUUUGUCAGCCAAUAUUCGAACGCUCCUAACUUUCCAUGUCAUUAAACUAUUUAAAAAAAACUGAUUGUUGCUAUAGAAGUGACUCGUGGGGCAGGGCCUGCAUGUGUUCUUAAAGCUCUCAACAGUCUUUGAAAAUGGAUGGAAGAUGAGAGACCAAAUGCGUUGGGUCCUUUUUCAAUAAAAGCUUGGAGACAGGCCAGAUGUCCCCACCUCAUAUAGAGCUUAAGAAGAAAAUUGUUAGCGGGUUUGGGGGCAGGGGGAGAAGAAGAGAGAGACUUGCCAGGAAUACAAAGUGAGCAUAUCAAGCCUACAUAGUAACACUGCUGAACCAGCCCAAAUGUUUUGCCACCCACUUCCCUUCAAACAAAGGAGUCUUCAGAUGAAGUGAGAAGGAAGCCCCUAUUUUUAGUUGCCUGGAGCCCCCAGAUGGCAGAGAUAUGUCCUUCAGGCCAUAUUAACUGUCAGUCAUUGCAACACACCAAAUCAAAUCUGGGAACAUUCAUUUCCCCCCCGCUAGAUUUGGUUUGGUGGCAUAUAAUGAUUAAUUUGUACAAAUAACUAUCUCAUUAAAAUCCUCUAAAAUGGCCACAUUUCAAAAUCUGAAUUAACUUACCAUUUACAACAAACCAAACAAAACCAAUAAUUAUGGAAUUACAGGGUCACAUUUUAAUUCCUGAAUUUUACAGUUCAGCAUUAAUAUCACCACAUGUAUACAAAUGGUGUAAAACAAGUACAGUGGUUUUCUUUUUCAAUACAAAAUAAACUUCUGUUUCAUGGAAAAACUAUACUUCAUAUCUACACAGUCAGCCCAUCUUUUGCAAACAAUAGCUAAAAUUAAAAUUAACUACAAAAUCUCCAAAACAGGGAAACUGUGUCAGUAACUGUUCCAGGAGAAAUGGACCCUAACACAUUGCAAGAGUGAUCUAUAUGGUGAAUUGCUGCUGGUUUCAUAAGUUCAUUAUCACUCUUAAUGCAAUUUGUAGUUUGGGGAAUUCUUUCUUCUGCAUGAUCUCAGAUCAUAUAUGGCCAAACUAACAUUAAAAUAUUUACAGUUCACUUGCUCUCAAAAUAAAAAAGGUCUCAAAAUGGUUGCCUC